AAUAACCUAUCAAUUUUUGUCACGAUGAUAUUAAGGAAUAGAAGAAAUAUAAUACAAACUAAUUAGUAUAGUUUGUUUCUAACAAAUUGUGAUAGAUUUGUUGAUAUUUUUUUAUUAAUAAGUGAUUAUUACUGAAGAGAGGGAUUUUUCUCAUCAUCUGUUAGACAAUAAUAUAGAUAGUAUUAUAAAAGCAUAAAAAUGAUAUUUGCAAGAAUAAGAAAAAAUGUGCUUGAUAAAAGAUCUGCUUUAAGAAUUUGUCAAUAUAUAAGAAAUAUAGCAAGUAAUAGUAACCCCGAUAAUAAAUUUGAUGUUAUUGUCGUGGGUGGAGGACAUGCGGGAACUGAAGCUUGUACUGCCGCUGUCAGAAUGGGUGCUAAAACAUUACUAGUUACACAUAAAAAAAGUACAAUUGGGGAAAUGUCAUGUAACCCAUCUUUUGGAGGAAUAGGAAAAGGACAUCUCAUGAGAGAAGUAGAUGCUUUAGAUGGAGUUUGUUGUCGCAUAUGUGAUAUCUCUGGAAUCCAUUAUAAAAUAUUAAAUAAAAGUAAAGGUCCAGCUGUUUGGGGUCUUAGAGCACAAGUAGACAGAAGUUUGUACAAACAACAUUUACAAGCAGAACUUUUUAAAAUGCAGGGUUUAGAUAUAUGUGAAUCAUCCGUUGAAGAUCUUAUAUUAGAAGGAAGUCCACCAAAAUGUUGCGGUAUCAUUCUUCGAGAUGGAACAAGGAUAUUUAGUAGCACAGUAGUUAUAACAACAGGUACUUUUCUCAAAGGUGAAAUUAUUAUUGGAUUAGAGAAAAGACCUGCUGGAAGAAUGGGAGAUGAACCUAGUAUUGGAUUAGCUAAUACGUUAGAUCAACUUGGGUUUAAAAUAAAACGACUUAAAACUGGUACUCCACCAAGACUGUUAAAAUCAACAAUUGAUUUUUCUAAAUGUUCUAAAAACUUACCAGAUGAAAUUCCAGAACCAUUUUCAUUUAUGAGUGAUAGAGUAUGGCUUCCUCCAGAUAAACAAAUGAUCUGUUAUAUGACAUUUACAAAUAAUGAAGUAGGCAAAAUUAUAAAAGACAACAUGCAUUGUAAUCUGCAUGUUACAGAAGAGAAAACGGGUCCACGAUAUUGUCCAAGUAUAGAAAGUAAAAUUCUAAGAUUUGGUGAAACUAGUCAUCAGAUUUGGUUGGAACCAGAAGGACUGGAUUCACCAUUGAUAUAUCCAGGUGGUUUAUCAUGUACAUUACCUGCUGAAAAGCAACAAGAAUUAGUUAAUGUUAUACCUGGAUUAGAAAAAGCUAAAGUAGAAAAACCUGGUUAUGGCGUAGAAUACGAUUAUGUCGAUCCAAGAGAAUUAACUACAGAAUUAGAAACGAAAAAGAUUUCAGGAUUAUUUCUUGCCGGUCAGAUUAAUGGUACAACUGGAUACGAAGAAGCAGCAGCACAAGGCAUCGUUGCAGGCGUGAAUGCAGCUGCUAAAGUUUUAAGGAAAAUACCGUUAAUUAUAAGUCGAACCGAAGGCUACAUCGGUGUUCUCAUUGAUGAUCUUACGACGCAAGGUACAAACGAACCCUACAGAAUGUUCACUAGUCGAGCUGAGUUUCGAUUGAGUUUACGUCCUGAUAACGCUGAUUUAAGAUUAACAGUAAAAGGAUAUGAGUCAGGUUGUGUCAGCAAAGAGAGAUUAGACAGUAUGAUGAAAACGAAGAAGGAAUUAGAAGAAGCUAUACAAUUGUUUUCUUCUAUCGUUCAAUCACAUUCCAAAUGGAGAAAAGCGCUAGGUUUGGUAAAGUCUAAAAGUACUACAAAUAAAUCUGCUUUUGAGAUAUUGGGGUCGCCAGAUGAGAAUAUAGAAUUUAAUAAAAUCGCCACGUUAUGGCCGAAUUUAUUGGGACAUAUUGUAGAUCCCAUCUUGAUACGAAGAUUAAAGAUAGAAGCAACCUAUGCUUCUUUCAUUGGACAACAAAUGAAGGUGAUUGACGAAGUUCGAAGAAACGAGAGAAUGAUGAUACCUGACGACAUAGAUUACAAUUCGAUACGAUUAAAUUUAUGUACCGAAGAUAGAGAAAAAUUAAUGGCAGUACGUCCGCGUACAAUCGCUGCAGCUGAAAAAAUUUCAGGCGUAACACCAGUAGCAAUCGUACGACUUUUUCAAUAUAUCAAAUAUAAUGUGAUAAAUGAAGAUAAACGACAAAAAUUGAGUAUAUAAAAAUGUACAAAAAUAUUUAUAGAAAGUGAUAUAACAUUAAAUGAAACGAAUUUCUCUGUACAAGAAGAACCACGUGUUUCGAUAGAACCGAGUGUACAGAGAGUUUCUAACAGAGAACUUUGUUGAUCUAAUUAGUGAAGGUUCGAAGGGUCGCUAAUUACCAAGUUCUUGAUACGGAAUUCUCUGCUGGAGCGUGUUCAGUGUAAACGUCGUUAUAAGAUUUGCUUAUUUCGACCUAAGUUAUAUACACACACUUAUAUAUAUAUAUAUACAUAUACAAAAGCUUUCACGUUCUAUUAGAUACUGGUAUAACUUAAAGUUAACUCUCUGUUUUAGAAAAGCAAUUUUCAUUCAUGUUCUCUAUCACAAACUUAUUAUUCUAGAAAAUUUCUAAUUGAAGAGGACGACGAAAAAUCUAAAUACAAAACAAAAUUCGUUCGUACUAGGAGUUCAUUUUUAUUGCCAUUAGUGCGAUAGUAAAUACUGUUUACGAUACAUCUCGUAUGGGAAUGGUGUAUUUUAUUUAAUCGGCGCUUGUAAAUCGAACGCUAGAAGUCAUUGAGCGCUUAUAAUAUGAAUGAUUUUUUUACUUUUUAUUUUCUCUUUAUUACUAAUAAUAAAUCUCGUUCUCCUGUGUUCUACCAUAGACGAGUUAUAAAUGUAGUUGACGCGCGGGCUUUUAAUAUACGAUCGUCCUUAAUAUGCUCGACGAUUUAAUACUA